AUGAUCUGGGGGAAAAAGGAGGAUAAAGCGCCCGAGGUGGUACAACAGCCUAUCCCGCGCGAGAAGCUGCCGGAUCAGCUUCAAAAGCUCGUCGAUCACGAUGACGGUUUCUACGAUGACAUCUAUUCCUCCUACUCCGUUGACUCCACUGAAACUCCCUACCGAUAUGCCGGUUACGCCACUCGUCUUCGCACUCUUCUACUCUCCGCCCACCGCUAUGUCGCCUACACCUCCGACAUUGGCGAAUCAUUCCGCCCCGUCGCGCAUCCAUGGCUGGUGCGAUCCGCGUAUGGCAUCUCGUGGACGUAUUUGAUCGGCGACGUGGCUCACGAAGGCUACAAAGCCUACCUGCGCAAUCGUAGCCUGCUUGCCCCGCCCUGUGAAGCCUACAAAGAUGCCAGCGAACUGUCCCCCGAACAGGUCGCGAAGGGCAUGAUCACAGGCAAUCUCACCGGAACUAUCACCAAGCCAUCACCCGAUACGCUCACGCCGUGGCCCACCACGCAUGUUCCCCUCAUCGAAGACUAUCGCAUGGUGAUGGCCAAACGCGCCGUAUUCCAAAGCAUCGCCAGUAUGGGUCUGCCGGCUUUCACCAUCCACUCCGUCGUGAAAUACUCGGGUCGGGCAUUCAAGAACUCCAAGAGCGCUUUUAUGCGCACCUGGUCUCCCAUUGGGCUCGGUCUCGCCAUCGUCCCCUUCCUCCCUUAUCUCUUCGACGAACCCGUCGAGGAAGCGGUCGAGUGGGCAUUCAGCCGCGGCCUCUGGGUCUACGGCGGCGACGAAGCCGUCCACCCGCUCCCUCCCCCCAAAGCCGCACGCAUGCCCCAAGACGAAGCCACCUCCCUCAGCCACUACCUCCGUGUGCAGACGGAGAAGCACAACAACGAAGCCCUCGGCUCCGACGCGAGCGUCUCCGACUCCGCCGCCAACCUCUCCUGGGACGAAUACAAGGAAGAGCGUCGGCGAGCGAGGGAGCAGCGUCAGCGCGAGCGCGAGGCGCACGGCCACUCGGGUCCCCUCUCUUUUCUGAAGGGAAUCAACAAUGAAAAGAAGGUGUGA